CGAUGGCACUCCGAUCCAUCGCCAUCGCGCCGGGUCAAAGCGCCGGAACGACAACGCCCCCGAUCCCUCCUCGCCGGAGAUCAACUGCUUUAAUACAUCCUCUAUUUGUUGAUGGUGCAAAGCUUCUUGAUGAACAAGGUCUAAAUGUCGGAAUGUUUUAUGGUGUUUCAUCUCCACGAGAAUUAGAACUUAUACGACCAGAUGACAUGGAAGUCGAUAACUUGGUUAUCAAUUUUCAGGGUGAAUGGCAGGUGAUACCUGCAGAGAACAUAGUUGCAGCAUUCCACGGCUUUAAGAGGACUGUAUUGGCUGUUGCAACAACUUCAACAGAAGCACAAGUGUUUCUCGAGGCCUUGGAGCAAGGUCUUGAUGGAGUAGUGCUAAAAGUUGAAGACACCGGAGAGAUCCUUAAACUAAAGGAGUAUUUUAAUAGGAGGAAUGAAGUCAGUAGUCGGUUAGCUUUGACUAAAGCCACAAUAACAAACGUUGAAGUGGUCGGAAUGGGUGAUCGUGUUUGUGUGGACCUUUGCAGUGUCAUGCGACCUGGCGAAGGCCUUCUGGUUGGUUCAUUUGCCAGAGGUUUGUUCUUGGUUCACUCAGAAUGUUUAGAGACAAACUACAUUGCAAGCAGGCCAUUCAGGAUUAAUGCAGGGCCUGUGCACGCCUACCUUGCAGUACCUGGGGGGAAGACCUGCUACCUCUCUGAGCUGCGUGCUGGUAAAGAAGUGACGGUGGUCGAUCAAAGUGGUUUGUGGCGAACAGCUAUUGUGGGCCGUGUGAAAAUAGAAUCGAGACCCCUCGUCCUUGUAGAGGCUAAGGAAAAUUUAGGAGAAGAGACCUACAGCAUUUUUCUACAGAAUGCAGAAACCGUCGGUCUUGUUUGUCCCAGCGAAGCAGAAGGCAACAACACAAGCAUGGUUAUUCCUGUGACGUCGCUAAAAGUUGGCGACGAAAUCCUAGUGCGAAAGCAGGGCGGUGCCCGACAUACAGGAAUAGAAAUCCGAGAGUUCAUCCUUGAGAAGUAAAAUAUCCGCACCAUGCAUUUUCCUAUCAGUUUCUCUAGCUCAAAAUGUCUUUUUUCUUUUUUCUCUCUCUGUUCCUUUGAC